AUGGGCCAGUUGUUGCUCGACGUUGGAUCGGACGUUAACAGGCCCGAUCGACUUGUUUCACGCGACAACACCAAACUCGACGAUGGACUCUCUCCUGCCAUGGUCGAUCUGUUGAUCUCCCUUUUGGUCCUUGUUCUUCUCGGUAUCGUCCUGGUCGCAACCCUCCUGAUCUUACGUCGCAAGCGUCAGAGCCGUGCGGAACCCGAACUUCCCAUCCAUAACGGGCAGUGCUCGCCCAACCAUCGUCGCCUAACCAUCUCCGCCUCUUCAAACACGAAGACGCAAUCCAUCCUCGUGUACGAUGAAAAACGAAGCCUGAUUGAGAAUUCGUCGAGCCCUCCACCCAGCCCCGUCCCGGAAAUCCGCAUCACCUUCCCCGAGGAGGAGGAUGAGUCUGGAAAGCGCAAAUCCGGACGUGUGGUAGUGGUGAGAAUCAGCGAUGCCGGUGCGGUUGGGUUAGAACCAUGCCACGAGGAGCUUCCCCCUUAUCAGUCUAGCGAUGCGGAACGCUUCCAGUCCCUGGACAUUGAACGCAUGGGUGGCCUCAAGGAGAAGGAGGACAUGAAGAGAUGGUCUUAG